GCUGGACGCCCCAACCACAGAAUCGCCCCAAGGGGCUUUUCCAAACCCCAGCAUCAUGAGCUAUGGGGACGAGCUCACCCCUGAAGCUCUGAGUGUGCCAAGCGGGUUUGAUGAUCUGAUCACCUCCACCGCCUCCCAGGUGCUGCAGGCUAUUUCUAAUGCCGCAUCCGCAGUUGGUAGCUCAGGCCGGGAUAGUGUGCUCUCUAUGAUCCCUAAGCUACCCGGCCAUAUCUCAAACAUUGGCAACCUGGAUGACACAGCAGGUCCUAUGGCUUCAGAGAUGGUGUCUCAGGAUGAGAGGGUACAGUUCUGGCUAGUAAUAGGAUACACCAUAGUGGUAUUUGCUGCCAUACUAGGCAACUGGGUCUUAAACCAUGUGAUUUUGAAAUACAAGAAGAUGCACACUGCCACCGGCCUCUUUGUCGUCAACAUCUCCGUGACCAACAUGAUGCUGGCUUUUCUCAGCUCUCCCUUCACCAUGGUGCGCUAUCUGUGUAAUUCCUUGGUGUUUGGGAAGAUGACAUGCCACCUCAGUCGUUUUGCUCAGUACUCUUGUGCCUAUGUAACUGUGAUGACCAUGGCUGCUAUUUCCCUGGACCGACAUCGGGUCAUGCUAUAUCCCCUGAAAUCCCGAAUUACUCCAAUGCAAGGCAAUGUUUGCAUCAUUAUCAUCUGGAUUGUGAGCACCUGUGCUGCUUUGCCACAUGCCAUUUACCAAAAGCUUUACCAAGUGGAGAUUGGAAACAUAACUGAAGAAACUGUAUGCCUCCCCAGUUUUUCCUAUACUUCAAAAUCCACAUGGAAAUAUCUUGACCUGAGCACCUUUUUGCUCUUCUUCAUCUUGCCAUUGAUGGUACUGAUGGUUGUCUAUGGUCAUGUGGCCAAAAAACUGUGGAUCCAUAAUGCUGUUGAUGACAUCAACAUCCACACCUACAUUUGCCAGCGUGGGAAGAAGAAGCAAAGUCUGAAGAUGCUAAUGAUGGUGGUGCUUGUCUACACUAUUUGCUGGCUUCCCCUCAACCUCUAUCUGGUGCUGCUCUCUAGUGAAUCCAUCUCAAGCCACAAUGGUCUCUACUUCUUCCUCCACUGGCUUGCAAUUAGCAGCUCAUGCUACAACCCUUACAUCUAUUGCUGGCUCAGUGAUAGCUUCCAUAUUGAAGUUCAGAAGGUCAUAAUGGAUAUCCAGAAGAUGCUACUAGAUGGAAUCAGCCGCCUGAGAGGGGAGCACCGCCAACUGAGCUCUGCCUCACCCACUAACCACCCUGCUAGGAUGGAUCCCAAUCCUGGAGUGCCCAAAUUCCCACGAUUCAAAGAUUUUGAUGAGCUACCCAGUCCUCCUCCAUCCCCAGAGGUGGAAACCUCCUUUCUCUACCCCCCAGUGCCUAGAGUUUAAGCUGCCCAGACCGCGAUAGAUUAUCCAUCCUCAAAAACUCAGAUAGGGUGGGACCAAAAUAAUAAGUUUCAUUCAUUUUACAUGGUCGGGGGAAUGGAGGAAGGGGUUGGAAUUUGAGGGAUGAGGGCCAUGUGAGCCACCAAAUGUGUCUUACUUGCUCUUUCAUUUUCUUCUGUCUGUAUUUUCUCCUGUUUCCUUUCCAACAUUUUCUUGCUCCCAACAGUAAGUAAACUGAAGAUAUUAGAUCUUCAGGCUCAUCAGAGAUGUUUUUACAUAACUCAAAGGAAAGUUACACUAUGACUUGGGUCUCCUAAAUUUCAUCUCUGAUUCUGGAGACUGUUCUCUUCUCCAUUUUUGUGUGCCCACCUGGCCAUGGCACUUGUGUUCUGACAUCUUAGACAUUGUCUCAGAGCCCCCAGAGAUUACUUAUAUUUAUUUAGCUGAACAAGAGGUCACUGUCCAUAUUGUGUCCAAAAUCUUCCCAGAGAAAUAACAGAAGAGAAAUUCAUAGUUUCUGAAAUUUAUUUGGGUUCUCUAGGAACUAAGAGCUCCCUAUAAAUGCAAGUAGUCUUAUCUCCUCAUGGAAGAAUGAGAAUGAGAAACUUUACAGGAAAGACAAGGCAGUUAAAUGGUUCACUCCACAUCACCUGGGUUAUUUCUCCAGAAUGCAAAUACAAUAAUUUGAUGAUAGCUUUCCUUUAAAUGCAGUGACAAUUCAAGUGCCCAAGUUAGCACUGCAAAAUCCAAAAAUUCUCCCUGUUUCUUGACUCUACAUUUAACAUACCUUAUCUAAUGUAAACGUGUACUGUCUAUUCUUGCCUUUCUUUUUCUGGAAAAAGAGAAAGUGUAAUGUGUUCACUGUUGAUUUGUUUCCAUCCCUCUAGCCUAUGAGAAUUUCAACUCAAGAGAGAUGAGGAGGAAGUAACUAUCUGCCAUCACCUUUCAUGUGGAGACAUUGUUAUUAAGGCUCUUUGAAAGGUAUAACUGUGUGUGUCAGGAAAAUGCCAAGAUGAGAGUGUGUUUUUUCUCCUCCUCCCCCUGAUUCCUUACUCAUAUCCUUGUCUGCCCCUUUUCAUCUCCUUUCCUCCCCCUCUAUCGUCUCUCCCUGGCACCUUCUCCUCCUCUACUUUCUCUGUUCCACCCUUCUCCUUUUCCUCCUUUUCCUCCUCUGCCUCCUACAAAUUCCUUCCUUCUUCUAACCCUCUUUCCAUGUCUCCUUUGUUCCCUUCCCUUUCUCCUUUCCCCUCUUCUCCCUGCUUCUGCCGAUGUUAUGUUCUCCCCUCUUCUUCACUUCUUUCCUCUUCCCGUAAUUAUCUUUCAUUUUCUUCUCUCUUUACUCCUCUUAUUCCAGCUCCAGUUUCCUCAUUCCUCCUGAGUCUCUUCCUUCUUUGGCACCCCUUCUCUAAUUUGUCCUUCUUUCUUCAUUCCUCUAUUAUCUAUCUAUUCACCCUUCACUUCUUUGAACUCUGAUGCAGAGUUUAAACUACUGCUUUCUCCUUGCAUUUUAAUUAUUGUUCAUCAAUUCUCUCCAAUAUUUCUCUCUUCUCUUAUCUUCAGAAUUCAGACUUCUCUAACCCUUAGUGGAAGCCUGGGGAUCUGCACAGCAUUUUAGCUUUGUUCAUUUCCUCCUCUCCCUCCUUUUCAUAUUUCACCACCACCUCCAAAGAAUCAAAAUAACUUCUAAAAAAUAUAAAAUAGCUAAUAACUAACAACAACAACAGUAAGAACAGACUUUUAUCACCACAAGAUAACUCUGGAGAUUCUUAGAAGUUCCAGGCCCACCUGGCUGGCUUCCGAGUUUUAUUGCCCCAUUUGCUGUGAACUUCAUAGCGACUGACCAUAGCAGUACUGAGAACAGGUUAUCAUCAUCUCUUUAGAGUGUAUGUGUGUUUCUGCAUCAAUCUCAUUCUCCCCAAUCAUCUUCCCUUUCUUCUCAUCUUAAUCAUUGUCUUUUUACCAAGGACAUGUUAUUCAAAGUCCUUUUAAUCCUUCAGUUUCCUCUGAAAAGUGGCAAGCCAGGGGGGCAUAAAGCAGAUUAACUGGAGUUUAGCUUCUAGCUAGUCAUCCUACCUGGUGAAAGCAAAAAUUGGCUAAUUUGAAGUCAGAACUCCAGGAAUCUAUGAAAAUUUUCCAUACUUGCUAAAGUAUUGCAUCCCUUUUUUAGAUGAAGAAAAAUUUGAGGGGAAAGAAGUGUAGUUUAAUCUCUGCUUCUUUCUAUUUUCAUGAAUGAAUGUUUUAUCUCUUUUCCCUUCCCACUCUCACCACCAAAAUAAAAAAAAAACACUAAAAAUACUAAAAAGAACUAUAUUUACAUAAGUACAGGACUAAAUAUUUAGAGAAGUCCUGGACUAAAUAGAUAACCAUAUCUCCUGGUGGCAUCAUUGUAAAUUGCACAUUCACCUUUCAGCUUCAGCUAUUUUUGAAAUUGGUAGUCUUUGUGAGUGGUGAGCUCUGCUGAUAUCUUUUUAUUUCUCAUUAUGUAAAUCCUCAUUCUUCUAAGGACAGAUUUGUCUUUCUCAUUCUCCUUUUAGCAGGAUGGAUACAUCCCAGGACAAUCAGGCUGACUGUCUAAGACUCUGUUUCUUCAUGAGGAGAGAGCAGAGUGAAAAUGCCCUGAGGUAGCCAGUGCUUCUUGAAGGAAUUAUACCUUGCUCUGAUAUGUUUCUUUACCUACUUAGACUUAAGAGAAGUUCAGAUAAAAGAGUUGUCAUUAUAAUUUAAAUGACUACUGUGCUAUUGUAUGUUCACUUAGUGUUCUCCUUUCCAGGAACACUCCUCCCUAUUCCCACCUUUAUCCUCCAAAGAAUCAGACACUCCCCCACACACACUUCAGUAAAGCUGAAUAUCUGGGAUGUUUCAUGCUUGACAGAUGAUCCAGCUUGCUGCUGCCUCAACUUUCCCUACCCAUCAGCUUUGGUGAUGUACAUGAUGCUUGAAGAAUUGGGCCCCUUGGUAGCUUGAAUUUUUUGUGGGGUUUGCUUAGAUUCUUUUCAGCAGCAACUAAUCUGAACUCAACACCCAGCCAAGUCUGGGGGUGCUACCAUUGUAAGUAGUUUCUGGCUGAGGGGAACUUAUUUAAUUGGAAUAUGGUGCUAAUGAGUACUAGGUCGUAGGCUCUAACCCAUGUGAAGCCAUUUAGCUUUGUGGGUUUGAGCAUGGUGCUAAAGAACUAUGGGAUUGUGGUUUCAAAACCCCAUAUGUGUCUGUUUACAGACUGCACCACUCACCCUGGCCAGCCUUUUUCUGAACAUGGGUUAUCAGCCAUCUGGAAGACCCAGUAAAACUGUUUGAAUAGCCCUGCAAAAUUCAUUUUCACUUCUGAGAAACAGUUUAAAGUGUAUUAACUACUGAUAGUGUUUUAGCAGUGUCACCUUCUUGUCAGAAAGACACCAUUUUUUGAAAUGUAUAGUUGAACAGCAAUGAUGGAUGGGAGAAGUUGCCAAAUUAUCCUUUUUCACACAUCCAAAUGCACAUACAAGCCUUUGUCCAAGGCCAUGAAACUGUACCUUGGUCUAAUCCAGGACAUUUAAAGAAAUGCUUUGAUGAAACUAAGAUUUAUAUGAAGCUGUUCCAAUGCCACACCUCACUGGUUAUGUUUGGACUAGAGGAAUUUAUCUCCUGACACAUAUAUCUGAGAUGCUGGUAGUCAAUUUUAAAUGUUACUUAUUUGUAUAUGUAUGACAUAGAUUCACUCUUAGAUAUUCUGAACUGAAGGCCUUUUUCAUUGAAAAUUCCCUCUUAUCCUGUACUUAUCUUUGUGUGUUGUCAUACAUAUACUCACUCACACAUAUGCAUGCAUUCACACAUAUACAUAAACUCACACAUACACCUAUACACACCUACACACAUGCACAUAUGUGAACACAGGAAUACACCCACAUAUAUAAGAUUACAUAUAUGCGUAUACAUACAGAAAAAAUGUACACAAAGACUUAUUAUAUUUUAAAAUAAACAUGACCAAAUCCUUUCAUAAUGCAUAUUCCAAAUCUAAAUUUUAAUUUUUAGUCACUCUUUCAGUCAAUUAUCUGUUUGAGUAAAUGAACUCUGUGAUCUUUUCAAAACCAUCAUCAUUUUUCUGGGUGAUUAGAUUACUAUUUUGUACAUUGUUGUAGAUGCUGACACUAUGUUAUUAAAAUCUGGGUAGCACUCACACUUCUAGCUUAUAACAUGGUAAAUGUCCUACUAGCAAAUGCAUAUAAUAAUACCAAUUGGAUAUUUAUUAUUCAAAAGAAAAUAUACUUAAUUUUAUGCUUAAACACACAUAAAAGCAAACCCUUAAAUUGGAAGUAGGAACUUGAAUACACAUGAGCAUAAACAAUUUAUACACAUAUAAAUUACAAAAUGUACACAGAAUAUACACUAUACACAGACAAAAAAAGAUACACACAGAGCUUCAAGAAAUCCUUACCAUAAAAAGAAUCUUGCUGAUCCAUGCCAGGAAAGAAAAGAUUAAAUGCCUAAGUUGUAAUUUUCUAAUACAAUGAGGAAUUCAUAAAGACAAUGAGAUCUGUGGGCUCAAACCCUUGUUAGCAUAUAUAAUGUAGGAAGAACAGAAGGCUGAAGUCCCUUUGCCUACUUUGCGAGGAACUUUUUUUUUUUUUUAAUAUAUUUUAUUGAUUUUUUUUUUUACAGAGAGGAAGGGAGAGAGAUAGAGAGUUAGAAACAUCGAUGAG